GCGCUGCAGGGCCAGCAACUCCCACCCAGGGCUCACUCAGCCUCCCUCCCGGCUGCUGCCAGCUCCCGGCACCCACCCUGGCGCAGCUCCUGCUACUGCUGCUGCUCCUGCUAGCCUAGCCGAAGGCGAGGCCACUCGAGGUCCCAGAGACUCCGAGUGGGCUGGGGGGCUGGAGUGGCUAAGACUACAGACCGCGCUUCUUCCAUGCCUUGAUGGACUAAGACGCACCCGCAGUGUGGGUUGGAGCAAAGUUCCAACGGUCCCGUAAAGAAGUCCAUGCGUGAGAAGGCCGUUGAGAGGAGGAAUGUUAAUAAGGAGCACAACAGUAAUUUUAAAGCCGGAUAUAUUCCAAUUGAUGAAGAUCGCCUCCACAAAACGGGCUUGAGAGGGAGAAAGGGCAACUUAGCCAUCUGUGUGAUUGUCCUCUUGUUUAUCCUGGCCAUCAUCAACUUAAUUAUAACGCUUGUUAUCUGGGCUGUGAUCCGCAUCGGACCCAAUGGCUGUGACAGCAUGGAGUUCCAUGAAAGUGGCCUGCUUCGUUUUAAGCAAGUGUCUGACAUGGGAGUUAUACAUCCUCUUUACAAGAGCACAGUAGGAGGAAGGCGAAAUGAAAAUUUGGUCAUCACUGGCAACAACCAGCCUAUUGUUUUUCAGCAAGGGGCAACAAAGCUCAGUGUAGAAAAGAACAAAACUUCGAUUACGAGUGACAUCGGUAUGCAGUUUUUUGACCCGAGGACUCAGAAUAUCUUAUUCAGCACAGACUAUGAAACUCAUGAGUUUCAUUUGCCAAGUGGAGUGAAAAGUCUGAAUGUUCAAAAAGCAUCUACUGAGAGGAUUACCAGCAAUGCUACCAGUGACUUAAAUAUAAAAGUUGACGGGCGUGCUAUUGUGCGUGGCAAUGAAGGUGUAUUCAUUAUGGGCAAGACCAUUGAAUUUCACAUGGGUGGUAAUAUGGAGCUAAAGGCAGAGAACAGCAUCAUCCUAAAUGGGACCGUGAUGGUUAGCACGACGCGCCUCCCGAGUUCCUCCAGUGGAGACCAGUCCGGUGCUGGUGACUGGGUGCGCUACAAGCUGUGUAUGUGCGCGGACGGGACUCUCUUCAGAGUGCAGGUGACCGGCCAGAACAUGGGCUGCCAGACCUCAGACAAUCCCUGCGGGAACGCUCACUAGAGGAACCCGACAGGCCCCCGGUGUGUUCACGUCUCGACCCGUUCUUAAGAGCGAGCAUGCGAAUCAUAUUUUCAGAGAGUUUGCGGUAACUUUUAUCAGCACUACUGUGUCUGUCAUGUGGCCUCCACAUUGAAGAGAUUCUCGGAGAGCCUAAAUUUUAACACAUUUCAUUAAGUUGCACUGAUCUUCAAAUGACAGUCUCUAAAAUAAUUAUGAGAAGUGAAUAAAAGCAAAAUUAAUCUCUAAAGAAGUGUUUUUUAAAGAUCCACUGUUCCUUGUCUAGAGGAUAAAGGGCUGAAGCGACUGUUUAGACUACUCACUGUAAGUAAGCUUUUGGUAACUAAUGGGGAUACACCCACUUAAGACGUUUGAAAGGGACACACAUGCUCUGUCUUUUGGCUUCUGAGAGAAAAGACAGAUCUUUGGUGCACUAACUUUCAGCUGUAUUCUCAAUGCAAGUGAAGUCAUUAAAGAACUUCGCGUAUGUGACCUGGCAUGGAAGUGUGGGUCCUUAGCUUUGUGCUAGGAUGAAAAUGCUCUGUUCUAGAAUGUUUCCUCGUUAAAUAUUGACAAGUAUGACACGUUCCCAGCGCUGUAGAAAGUGAAACACCGUCUCAGCUUUAACUAGCAAACGAUGCUAGCCGUCAUGCCUGUGCAUCUUACACAUCCGAGGCGCUGUCCCGGGCAUCCUGGUGUGAAAUCUAGUUCUCACCACAGCUCUGCAUGGAGGUGUCACUACUCCCGCUUUACCGGUUAGGAAACUGAGGAUCAGAGCAGUUAAGAAACUUGCCAAAUGUCACAUAGGAAAGAGCAGGGUUGGGAUUGGAAUUCACAUGUGAUUCAGACGUAAAUGUGCCUGCUUUCAAGUCCUGUGUUCUUUUCACUAUCUGCACUGAAGUCUUAAUUAUUUAAAACCUUAGAAAAGUGAACGAAGAUUAACUCAAACUUAACCUAAGAGAUAAGAAUCAAACAAAACAGUCAUGCUUAUUCUAGGUUAAAAAUAAAUAAAAUGGCCAACAGCUAUCAGGUUCUAAACUAGCUCAAAAUGUAGGUGUGGAGUAUCCCAGUUUCCUAACUGAUGGGCCUUGGCACUUUCAGGUCCCUGAAUUGGGUAAAAAGGUUGCUAAGAUAUUAGACCCUCAGCCCGCAGGGCAGUGCAGUGACCAGUGAGAGGCCAUGGCCCCAGGCAAGUCCUGACGGCUGGCCAGUGUGCACCGGGCCUUGAACAAAGUUGGGGAGCACUGGAGGAAAGGGUGCUGAUACAGGAAAUAACUUUUAAGCAAUUUUUGAGUAAGUACGACACGGUCUCUGCUCCUCAUUAUUACAGUCCCAUUGUAAUGACCUACAUCCCUCAAGCCAGGUGAUUCUUAAGGUAUCUUACAUUCGACUUAAAAGGAACCUUCCAGUAUUCAUCACACACACAACAUCAGGGGCAGAGUUUUCAAAACAGUUUGCCAUAAAAUAAGCAGUAGGGAUGAAUCCUAAGCCCCACUCUGGAUUCAAGUACAACAGUAUUUGGUUGGUCGUGGUCAUCGUUGUGAUUGCUUUGAACUACGUAGAUAAAAAAAUCAAUACAAAAACCAAUUUGCAUUCAAUCCAGUUCUCUCCCGUAAGACAGCCAAAUGCCUUAGAGAUUAUGAAUAGUCAUUAAAGUAUUUAAAAUAGAUUGACUUACUCUGUAACACUGAGUGCAGUUUUUAAAUGAAGGAGAAAAGUUGAACUUUAUGACCUCUGAGUGUUACUGUUAUUCAAAUUCUAUCUGAAUACGUUCAGUGUCAUUUAAUAUUUGAGUGAUACUCAAAAAUCCAUUGGAAUUUUCAGAUGCUCAGUAUAUUUCUAAUUUUACAUUAUCUAUCUGCUUUAUUUAGGUUUUGAAAGUUUCUUUAAAUAUUUUUACAAAAACCACAAAACACUACAUUACAUAGAAUUAUUUAUUAAAUAUAGUUCAGGAAAUAUCUAUUUUUAUUCCUCUUUGAGAAAUACUUGUGUUUUUGAUACAUCUCCAUUAAGUGCUUUUGAUGAGAGGAUACUUUGAUGUUUUUAUAGAAGUGAUUGGUAAGGCAACAGGUAUCCUAUUUUUAGGACAUUUUGCCAGUGACCCUUGCCUUUUCAUUGAGAUGUAGACCUGGAAAGCUCAGCGGAAAGGAAAUCAGAAACAAUCCGUUUCACCUGUGAUGUUUUGCACAAGGACGCAGCUUCAGCUCCUCAUUCUCGCCACCAGAUGGUGUUUUCCUGUAACCCGAAAUGUUAGCUUCGCCGCCGCUUUCUGCUGGUUGCACUCUCCUGCACUGAGCACCGAUGUGACAGGCUGCUGGCUCGGACAAGGGAGAGACACAAAGACGGGCCCCACGUGAGGGGGUGGACCCACGCUUGUUUCACCACUGUUCUGCAGAGACGGGUUACAGGGACGACAGGGACAGAUGAAAUGAACGCAAAGCACUUCAGAAGCCAGCCUGAGGGCAGACAGGAAAAUGCAAAACAACACAAGGGGGGUCGGCAAGAUUUAAAAAUAAACUUACUUGUAUGCUUUUUGCAUUAUGAAAAAGUAAACGUUGUGUGAUAGUUUUGAUGAUGAAAGGUGGACGUCCUACCUAGUUUUGAAUGAGUGUUUUUUUAAGAGGAUGAGACUGUUACUGCGCUAACUUUGACAAAAAAGAAACCAUUGAAAUGCUGAUAAUUUUCGUAGUCUUUUAAAAAGUGUGGAGGGGGCAAAGACUACGGAUCAUGCCUACAAAAAUAAACCUAUAACUUUGUUUUGGAUUGCUAACCUGCGUUUCAUUUAAUUCAGUUUGUCAUAACUAUUAAUGAUCUCUGUUUACAAUAAAGAUUCUGUAAAUUGUU